GCCUUUAUGAAUGUCAGCAUCGUGUCUUUGGAAGGAAAUGCGGCAUUAUGUGGAGCACCCAGAUUUGGCUUUCCAUCUUGCAACAUAACUGAUUCGACAGUUUCUAAUUCAGGGAGGCAUUUGUUACGAUAUAUCCUCCCUGCUAUUGCUUCUACGGGAAUCCUUGUUCUCUGUUUUUGCAUCCUAUUAGGAUUACGUAGAAGGAGAGCCAAGAAUCCGACCCCAAGUAGCACGCUCUCUCCUACUAAGCAUAGAUUGAUCCCCUACUACGAGCUUGUUCGUGCCACUGACAACUUCAGCGAGAUAAACUUACUCGGAAGGGGUGCAUUUGGUUCUGUGUACAGAGGGCUUUUAGAUGACGGCCUUCUUGUUGCCAUCAAGGUCUUGAAUAUGCAAAUCGAUGGAGCUUCAAGGAGUUUUGAUGCUGAGUGUCGUGCUUUGAGGAUGGUUCGCCACAGAAAUCUGGUUAGAAUCAUCAGUGCUUGUUCCAACUUGGAUUUCAAGGCACUCGUCCUCCAAUUCAUGCCCAAUGGCAGCCUCGAAAGAUGGCUCUACUCCCAUAACUACUCCUUGAGUUUACUUCAAAGGAUUAACAUAGCCAUCGAUGUUGCUUCAGCUAUUGAGUACCUCCAUCAUCACCAUUCUCAGGUUGUGCUGCAUUGUGAUCUGAAGCCGACCAACAUUCUUCUUGAUGAAGAAAUGACCGCACAUGUCAGCGACUUUGGCAUUGCAAGACUACUGAGUGGUGAUAACCAGAGUGUAACCUCAGCGAGCACGCCGGGGACAGUUGGUUAUAUUGCCCCAGAGUUUGCUUCAACAGGAAGAGUCUCCACAAAGGGAGAUGUCUAUAGCUUUGGAAUAUUGUUGCUAGAAAUCUUUACGAGAAAGAAGCCUAUUGAUCCCAUGUUUACUGGGGAAUCAAACUUGCGACGAUGGGUAAAUGAUGCACAUCCUGCCAGCCUGUUUGAUAUAGCGGACUGCAACCUCUUGAGAGAUGAGGAUGGAAAUGAAAGGCCGAGGAGCGACUUGAUUUCAAUGCAGGCUUGUCUAUCAUCUAUCAUGGAGUUGGGGAUUAUCUGUUCAAGUGACUCACCUAGAGAAAGGCUUCCUAUGAAGGAAGUCGUCCCAAAGUUGCGGAAGAUCAAGAUGGAGUAUUUGUCAGUGUAUUGAGUUGUUUGAAACAUGACUGUAACAUGUUAUGGAUGCACUACUUAUCACUAUGUUUGGGAGUUUGGUAAUGAAGGGGAAGGAAAAGGAAGGGAGUGUAAAAUA